ACCUUUUCAACUUUAAUUAAAGGGUUACGUCGCGGCGUUUUGUGUGGCUUACUCUUUUUUUACACUAUAACUAUAGAACACUCGUGGAUCCAAUGCCGUUUAGGACAAGAUUUUAUCAGACGAGAAAAAAAAAAACAAUACCACAUUUUUAAAUAUAUAUGGAUUAUGGACUGCAACAACAAUAUAGAAAAGAAGAGAAAAAAAUAAAAAUAAUGAUUGAAAGGAAAUAUCAUCACGCAAAACCUUAAAAGUACUAUCGGUAUCGUGUCGUCCUCUCCUCAUCAAAUAGUUCCCACAGUUUUCACAUCAAUUUAACCAUUUUCAAUUUUUUUCACUCUCUGUCUCUCUCCUUUGUAUAAUACUAUAUUAGUACCAUUACCCAUCUCUCUUUCACCACCAAACCAACACCUGCAAAUCCUCUCUCUCUCUCUCACUCCAAGAAACCAAAAAAAAAGAUGUCAGUCAACCAUUACCACAACACUCUCUCGUUGCAUCAUCACCACCAAAACGACGUAGCUAUAGCACAACGAGAGUCUUUGUUCGAGAAAUCACUCACACCAAGCGACGUCGGAAAGCUAAACCGCUUAGUCAUACCAAAACAACACGCCGAGAAAUACUUCCCUCUCAAUAAUAAUAAUAAUAAUGGCGGCAGCGGAGAUGACGUGGCGACGACGGAGAAAGGGAUGCUUCUUAGCUUCGAGGAUGAGUCAGGCAAGUGUUGGAAAUUCAGAUACUCUUAUUGGAACAGUAGCCAAAGCUACGUGUUGACCAAAGGAUGGAGCAGGUACGUCAAAGACAAACACCUCGACGCAGGCGACGUUGUUUUCUUUCAACGUCACCGUUUUGAUCUCCAUAGACUCUUCAUUGGCUGGCGGAGACGCGGUGAAGCUUCUUCCUCUCCCGCUGUCUCCGUUGUGUCUCAAGAAGCUCUAGUUAAUACGACGGCGUAUUGGAGCGGCUUGACUACACCUUAUCGUCAAGUACACGCGUCAACUACUUACCCUAAUAUUCACCAAGAGUAUUCACACUAUGGUAAAUUCAAACCCUUUAUUUCCUCUUUUGUUUUUUCUUUCUCUCUUAUCUAUAUGUCAGAUUUAUACUCCUCUCUGUUCUCUUUUAAGAUUUGUCUUUUUCAUAAAAAUAGAUGAUUCGUAAUUUGUAUUGCAUAUUUACAUGUUCUCUUAAAAAAAGUAAUAGAGAUUAAUAUUUUAUGCAUGGUAUUUUAGAUUAUCUGCCUACUUUAUAUGGUAGUAAACAAGAACAUUCAUCUUUAUUUGGUUUUAUAAACAAAAUAUGAGAAUUUUUAAAGGUUAGGGCAAGCACUUGGAAAGCUCAACCAUUUUAGUUAGCUGGUGGAAUAUCUUUCUUAUAAAAAGCAAAUGAGUUAUCUAAAACUAUAUGACAAUUAUUUUAGUUGCGUGUGUAAUGUAUAUAAAAUAACAACAUGAAAUAACAUUUUGUCUUUUAUUUUUGUCAUUCUUAUUAUUUAAUUUUGGACCCGACAAUUUCAAAUAAUCUUCUCCAAGUUGUAACUAAUCCGUUACAUGCGCGUGAGGAGAACCGUCCAAUCCACUUAGACUAACGUGCCCUUUAUUUCUUCCUUUUAAUUCUAUGUUAAAAAAACAAUUUAACUAAAAGAUGCGCACGUGUCUUGACGGUGGAAAAAAAUUGUAGGCGCCGUCGUUGAUCAUGCUCAGUCGAUACCACCGGUGGUCGCAGGUAGCUCGAGGACGGUGAGGCUUUUUGGCGUGAACCUCGAAUGUCAUGGUGAUGCCGUCGAGCCACCACCGCGUCCUGAUGUCUAUAAUGACCAACACAUUUACUAUUACUCAACUCCUCAUCCCAUGAUGUCGUGGCUGUUUCUCGAGACGAGACAGAUGAAAAUUAGUAAUUUUAAAAUAGACCUGAAAGAGAUUUUUAUGUUUAAUAAAUUAUAUAAAGGAGGAAUCAGAGAGAAUAAUACUAUACACUUGACUGUAAAACCACAUGGCCAAUUUGGUUUUUAUUUGAUUACUUUGAUUUGUUUUGUUUACUCUUUUGUCUCUGUAGCCUCCUUUUGUUCAUUAAUUAAUAUCAGCCGUAAGUAUAUAGUUUCCUGUGAAAACAGUCUCUAUUUUGGUUUUACUAUUCUAAUUUGUUAGGCACCGUCAGUUUUUUUUGUGAAACCAAAUUAUUGACUAAUAAGCUGGAAAGCAAAACUGACUAAAAGCAUUACAAACUUAUCAAUGACAUAAGUUUUGAAUUUAUUACCAUGUUUUGUAAUGUUCAGAUAUAAUUUGAAAUGC